CUUGCUUGUUCGUCCAGCUUCAUUAUUCAAUUAUCCGCGUUUGUUCCUUUUAUCAUUUUUUUCAAGCAUAUUACAAUUUAGUUAAGAAUUGCUGCAAUAGUAUCUGAAGCUUGAAUAUCCUUCUCUCUUUUCUUUCUAUUUUAACCUUUGCUUUCCUAUCUAAACAUGUCGCGCAUUACUCAUAGAAGAAGCGGCAUACGUCGUGAUUCGAUCGAUGAGGAGUCGAUCGCUCUGGAUCUCACGUCUGAUGAAUAUAGCUGUAGUGAGAAUGAACAUACAGCCGAUGACGAUGCUGUAUCUCAUAGUAGCGAAUACACAUAUGAAACAUAUACCGUAACAGAAUCAGUAAACACAAGCAGUGCUGCAUCAGUUAUUAGUAGUGGAGUAAACAAAGUAGAAGAAGUAGGGAAAGGAAAAGGCCAUUCUGCAGAAGACAUUGAGGAAAUAGAAGAAGCACAGUCCAAUAUACAGUGUGAAGAUAAUCUCAACGAAGUGCCUGUUGCUGAGCAGCGACAUUUUCUUAAUGAUAUCGAUAAAUUAUCAAGUCUUACCAGCAGUCAGAAAAACAAUAAUGCAGUACCACCACGCUCUACCACACUAAAUGAGUCUAAAAAAGUAAAAGAAGGAACAGAUACCGUGCUUGAUAAUAUCAGUAGUUUGAAGAGGAAGCAAGAAGCUAUGGCGUUAAUUCCUGCAACAGAGCAGACAACAAUAAAAAGCAACCGCAAUGAGUAUGUCCAACUAACAGCAAAAAAUGCGGCAAUUAGUACUGUUGCAGAACAAAGCAAGACUGAAGUUGAUAAGAACAAAGGCUUAGAGGCGAAAUCAAAUACAUUUGCAGCACACUAUUCUAAAAAAUGUCACAGCAGAUUAUCAAAGCAAUUGCACAAGCAUGACAUAGAAAAGGGUGUUUCCUUACCUAUUGCUGCAUCUAAACAAGGACAUAGCUCCAUUAAUCCUAGAAUACACGCAGCUUCUACAUCAAUUCAUUGUCGACAAUCUGCCUCCUCCAAUGACUGUGGCGCGAGAAACCAUUAUGCUUUCUUAUCAUUCAGCAAGUCUAGAAUCUACAAAUCCAACAGUUCCAUACCGAAUGGAAUCUUUACCGCCCGGAAGUCAUCUCGGUUAUUCCCAGUUGAAACCUUAGAAUUUCAAAGAAACAACACUCAUAUUGCAACCGGUAUUUUCACUUCUCAAAGGUCUUUUAGCACGAGAGCGAACGGUAUCUUUACAGCUCGAAAGUUGAACAAUAAUAACUUUAAAUAUACCUCGAUAAAGGAUUUACUAAAAGGCCAACCGUCGUCUUUGACUGCUUCACGAAAAGAUCGAGUCCGUCAGCACGUUAAUAGUAACAUCGGCAAUAAGCAAAGUAACAGUGAAUCGCACAAAGGCAAUAUGAAUUCAUGGCACAAGCUAAAGGAUGAGGGCUGUGGUAAGACUGCUGAGAUAACUACUUUUGCUGCUGCUAGCCAGAAGCAGGGUUCUAAUCAUGCCGUACAUAGUCCUGCAAUCAGUGACGAAAUUAACGAACAAAAGAAAGCUACUGCAUCACUUGCAACAAAUAGUGAGCAUAAUUCUCCACCAACCUCAACUAAAGGUAAGUUUAAACUUGGAGAGAAAUGAAAAUUUUUGAUGCUGAUUCUCUUUUCCAUAUAUUUUAUUUUUUUAACUUUGUAAUCAUCUAGCCAAUGUUUGCUGGUCAAUGC